AUGGGCUACCCAGCCGGGCCAUCUCCCGCAGGCGUGCCAUGGCCUGCAAUGCCACGGUGUAGUGGAUUGCGGAUCCGAAAUCACUCAGCAUCAUCACUUACAAUGGUGAGUCCCCGGUUCGAGGAGCUAAGGAGACCUUCCAGCAAAUUCUAUCGUCUUUUCUCUUUCACCGUCCCCUAUUAUUGACUCGGAUUACCCCUUUUCGAAAAACGCAUCGCAUACCGCCUGUGCCCAAUGCUUCACCGUUCUGCUGCGAUACAGAAGAAAUGCGUUGCGUGUCGCUGACUAGCGAAAGACUUACCUCUUACAGGAGGGUGUCACGUUCGAAGUAUGCGAGAUUCUCAAGGUUAGAAUGUUCAAGGCUAGUCCUUAUGCCCAUCUGCUACAGUAUGCCCAUAUACGGUAUGCCCCUAUCUGAUAUGCACCGCACCCCUUGCCAAUCCUGAGCAGAUGCCCGAAUCUGCUAGAUUCUGGAACACGUUUGCAAAAGAGUCUGGGUCUCUCUCGGCCUCUCGAUCGCCAACCAUCAACCCUGAUUUCGGCGUCUGUCAAAAGCGCGCGUCGCGAUGAUGCGUACGGUGCGAACAAGGAACAAGCUAUUUCGCCCGCUGCUCUCCCACGUUAUUCGCCUGCCACUUUGAAUCCUUCUGGGGGGCUCCUGGGAUGACCGUCAGCUGCGAUCCAUCACCAGACCCCCCAAUAAUAACCCCUCAAUCACCUUGGACCGAGAGAAUGGUCCUCUACUUUACAAUAAUGCACCACGACGAGGUGUACGAGAUACAGUAGUACUGUGAGAAGACCGAAGACAUCCGAAAUGCGGAACUUUUCCUUCACCCAUCCAGCAACUUCCUUGGAGUCGUCUCGCAUUUGAAUGCCGGUGUUUUGUUUCAACGACUAAACAACCCCACGUUCCUGAGUUCAUCCACCGAGAAGGGACCAAAACACCACGUUCAGUUCAAGUGCCUUGUAGGCCUACGGCACACAAGCAAGACGCGAACAAGAAGACCUAGAGUGGAGGAAGUGUUGUAGCAAAUACCCAUAUUUUCCCCAUACCAAGUGCUUGUGCGAUUUCUCCCGAGAAAUGCAGAAGCCAAUUGGUUGUCUCCCGUGCUCGAAAGAUGGGCUAUCUAUUCACGAUUGCCAAAGUGGGGUAGGGCACUAACCCAAUGAGCUACACAGCUGCAGCCUCUUCAUCACGAUGCUGCAGCUUUAUCCAAAACUGGAGAUUAUUGUACUCCCGAGGUGGGCUGGUGGAACUCGCGAAGCAAUAAUGAAAAGGAUGACGGCAUCGCUAAGGUUGUAUUUAACAGGUGACUAACCACACACAGCAAGGGAAGUUGAUGGUUUCCAAGAUACUCCCGCUUCUAUGGUUGAACAAUUCUCGAUGCCCAUACUCCAGUUCUUUGGCACAUUGCCAUCUUUUUCUCUGGCCUUGAUUAGCCAUCCAAGCAUGUGUUGAAUAUGCCAAUCUUUCUCUUUGGACUCGGUGAACCAUUCAAGCAUGUGUUGAAGUAACUAGUUCCCACGCGCAUAUGACACCUGGAUGUCUACCUGGAUGACUAUCGUGGUGUCUAUUCUUAAGUACCCAGUACUGCCUUAAAGUGCGAUGAUAGUUCCACCAAGAUCCACUUGAGUAAGCUUCACGGGGAAAAUCAGCAUGAUGAGGUGAUCGUCAAGAGUUUUAGCUUCUGAGAGUAUUAUAACUCUUCUCGUAAGUUCUUUCUAUUAGUGUAAUUAUUUUUUGGAAAUGUCAGAUCUUUAGUACGAGUACGUAAAUAUGAUUUCCAAUCUUUCUUAUCUUGGCAUCUAGCUACUUUAAGUCUGGCUGGAGCUUACGUAUCUACAUUUGCACCCGUCGGAGUACCGAUUAGCUGGCUGUUGGUAUUGUGUAGACUGAUUUAGUCGGGUAACUGUC